ACACUCGCGCACCCUAUCGGCCAUGGGCUAGGCUACUCCUUGGAUUAUAUCUAAAGAAACGUCGUGCUGUCAGCAGGCACAGACAACGGUCAAGGAAAGGAGCUACGCCCCCUGAAUGGGCUGGCUUUGUCAUCUCCCCUGGGUGGCCAUGUUGGAGCCUCCUACUAGUGAGACAUACACCUAAUCCUCCUCGCUGAAUGAAAAACAAGAAGCGGUCCUCGCUUUUCUUUGUCCUCAGAUCUCAUUAAAUAUUUCCAGGAGCGGGUAAAACUUCUACCUGUGAUUUUUUUAAAUGUAUUGAUGCUUUGGUGUGUAUCUGCUGCAGCUGAUUUUUAUGUCUUUACUGUCAUUGAAGGAUCACAAAGGCACUGUGUGGACUUUUGGCUGAUCUAUAUCCCUGGGAUCCAACCUUUCUAACAGCGGAUCAGUUACCGCAAGAUGAGUUUGGAACUUCAAGAAUUGCAGGAAAGUUAACAAGCUGAUGAAACCAUCUUGAGAGAUGAUGAAUCGCUACACCACCCUGAGGCAGCUGGGUGAUGGCACCUACGGGAGCGUGUUGAUGGGGAGAAGCAACGAAUCAGGAGAACUGGUGGCUAUCAAGAGAAUGAAGAGGAAGUUUUAUUCAUGGGAAGAGUGUAUGAACCUAAGAGAGGUGAAGUCACUAAAGAAGCUCAACCAUGCGAAUGUGGUGAAACUGAAGGAGGUAAUCAGAGAGAACGACCACCUCUACUUUGUCUUUGAGUAUAUGAAGGAGAACCUCUACCAGCUCAUGAAGGACAGAGAGAAUAAGAUGUUCUCAGAGAAUGAAAUUAGGAACAUCUUGUUUCAAGUGAUAUCUGGGUUGGCUUUUGUACAUAAGCAUGGUUUCUUUCAUCGAGACAUGAAGCCAGAGAAUCUGCUGUGCAUGGGUCCAGAAUUGGUCAAAAUAGCAGAUUUUGGACUGGCCAGAGAGAUCCGCUCCAAACCUCCCUACACAGACUAUGUAUCAACCAGAUGGUACCGCGCUCCCGAGGUCCUGCUCAGGUCGUCUACUUACAGCUCUCCUAUCGACCUGUGGGCUGUGGGCUGCAUCAUGGCUGAACUAUACACUCUCAGACCUCUUUUCCCUGGAAACAGUGAAGUGGAUGAGAUCUUUAAGAUCUGCCAAGUCCUAGGCACCGUCAAAAAGACGGAUUGGUCAGAGGGCUACCAACUGGCUUCUGCUAUGAACUUUCGCUUCCCCCAAUGUGUGCCGACCCACCUGAAGACCCUCAUCCCUAAUGCCAGCAAUGAGGCUAUUGCCCUGAUGAAGGACAUGUUGCAGUGGGACCCCAAAAAAAGACCCACUGCUGUGCAGGCCCUGCGUUACCCGUACUUCCAGGUGGGCCAGAUCUUAGGGCCUCGUCCUCAGAGCCAGGAGGUCAAGAAGGUCCAGGCCAGGCCGCUGGCCCAGAACCAGGUCUCAGAGUCUAAGGCUGAUCCCCAGCAGUCUUCCUCUGAGUCCAAAGCCUCCACAUCCUCCUCCAGGAACCAACAGCAACAACAUCAGCCUCUUCAGCAGAUUCCCCUUCCCCAAACUGAGAGUAAACCAGCUGUCCUCUGCCAGGCAAAAGCAGCAUCGCUGGGCAGCGAGAACAGCAAUGGUGGUGGUGGUGGUGGUGGUGGUGGGAUGGGGGUACUGAAGAAUGGCCGUCGGCGCUGGGGCCAGACAAUGGCCAAGACCUCGGAUAGCUGGGAGGAAUCCGAGCCCUCGGAAACCGCCGCCUCCAACUCCAAGAAACCCAGCCUGGGGAACGCAGAGGAGGAGAGGAGCCUUAAGGAGCACCGCCCACAGCCCAAGGAGCAGAAACCUCUGUAUUCCUUCAGCACAGUCACUAAGCUACCCAACAAUGUUAAGAUUGGUCAAAUGGACUCCAAUCUCCCAGGAUCUGCUGCACGGCAGCACUAUCUGAGCCAGUCACGAUACUUGCCAGGGUUGAUCGGCAAGAACCAGACUUCUGGGGAUAAGGAGCUGAGUGGUAUGACGCUGCGGGACCUGUGGGAGAACUCCACAAACACUGUAAAUAAACCGCUUGCUCCUAUUGGUGGAGGAGUAUCAGUCACCAGAGCCAACGCAGAAGAGAAUGCUUCUAAAUCUGAAGAUAGCCCACCAGAGAAAAGUGUUGUUAAAGAGAGAAUUCUGGAGAAAAUUGAUCUCUCCAAAGGGAACUUUGUAAGCACCAAAUACAACCUCUCUGGCGGUUAUAUCCCAUCAUUCCAAAAGAAAGAGGUGGGCUCAGUUGGACAGAGAAUCCAGCUUGCCCCUUUGGCUGGCCAGCACACAAUCAAUCUUUCUUCUUCUCCUGAUAAUAAAAUAGACAAAUCGAAAUCUGCAAAGCCCAAGCCUGUAUCCAACUCAUCUUUGAGUGAAAGUAAUGAAGAUUACGAGGGCUGGAAGAGGAGGGGAGACAGGACUCAGAUGAAGGGGAGCAGUUACUCAGCCCUGGGGAAAACCUCUGGGAGUCUCCUGAGCAGAGCUCCGCCCGUGCAGCCUGUCCACGGCAGGGUGGACUGGACAUCCAAAUAUGGUGGAAAUCGGUAGUUCAGAAAGACACACUCAAACUUGAAGGAAACGCAGUAUGCUCCCUGAAAGAAAUGACAUCUUCAAUAUGGAAGUAUCAGGUAGCACAAAAAGUAGUUACAAAAGAUGUACAGUACAUCCGACAUUCUUUGAAGAGACAUUUUCAAUGCCACACUGGGAUCAUUAUGCUGUUUCCAGAGAUGUAGGAUCGAACUGUAAAAGUGCAUGGAGUCUCUAUGUUUUGGAGAUGACAGCUGCCACGAUGCUGAACCAAGACUAAUCCGGUCUGCAAGACAAUCCCACUGUGGUCCUGAAGGAUCCAGUGUGAGCCAAUUCUACUGUUAAUGUUGGGAGUAUUCUGAGAAGGAUUUAAUUGUAGCAUAGCUUUUCAUUUUUAUACUCCAGUUUAUUAUUAUUUUCAAGUAUUGUUUUACUACCGACGCCAAGCAUAAACAGUAACUUAUCAACGGCUCCUGGAAUGCUAUGUUCUCUCGGCUUUUAGUCUCACCCACAAAUCUUCAGUGCAACGGCUACAAAAAUGAUUACUUCAACUUAUUCUGUGUACCACAAGACAACUGCGCAGCUCUUUGUAUUAUGCAAUGACUUAAUGGAAUAUUUUGUAAACAUUUUAUACAAAUAAAUCUAUACAA